GAAAGGGAAUAUAAGAGUCUGGUCAUGAUGGGCAUGCGUCAGGCCACUGAGUGACGGCAGCUGAUGGCGCAGAUGCAGCAGGAAGAUGAGGUGCGGCCCACGUAGCCCGACUUCAGCCUUCCUACCCCACACCGUUUUCUGAGUCAUCACCAAUAAACUUUUUAAAAAACAAACAAAAAGAAAACCAAAUAUGUAUAAUAUGUAAUGGAUAAUUUCUAAAUCUGAUGGCCUGUUGCAUUUGAAUAAAGUUAAUUCGUUGUUAUCAGGGACAAAUUCAACAGUCCCUAUAGGCAAAAUAACCCUGCAUUCAACGAAUCAGUAAUUACGUUAAGAGGUUCAGGAUAUUCCAAUACCAUAAGGAUAGCAUGCAAUUCUGACUUCUGAAUUGAUGUGGACUUUUGACCACCAUGCUUAUUUUAUCUGACUUACAUCCUGCCAUACCCAUCUUGUUUACAUCAGAAUAAAAAGUUAGCACAGAACACAACAUCUUGCUCUCCUCUUGACCCUGCGCAAGCGCAGUACAGCGGGAAGCCUCUGAAAAUGUAUCCAACAUGGCGUCGGAGCAGAAGACGAAGUUAUCCACAAACCUGCUGCGCAUGAAGUUCAUGCAGAGGGGCCUGGACUCGGAAAACCAGAAACAGCUAGAAGAGGAGGAACGGAAGACGAUCAGGGAUGAGACCUGGUACCUGGAUUUGCCGGAGUUGAAGGAGAAGGAGAGCUUCAUCAUAGAAGAGCAGAGCUUCUCCCUGUGUGAAGACCUUCUCUAUGGAAGGAUGCCUUUCAGAGGCUUUAAUCCUGAAGUUGAGAAGUUCAUGCUUCAGAUGAAUUCCAGGAACAGAGUGGCGGCGGCAGAAGAGGAGGAGACUGUAGAGGCUGACGUGUCGGAGGAAGAAAUGGCAAGAAGAUAUGAGACUUUGGAGGGAACAAUUGGGAAAAUGUUUGCCAAGAAUAGGGACUGAGCCAAUGAUGAAGAAGAUGAAAAUGGAAAUAUAGAAGCCAUGAAAAUUUAGAUGUUCUUAAAGCCCGAAGACUAAUAUGGACGCCUCUGAUGCAGUGGAUGCUGUGAGAACAGCAUGGUCUGAACUCACCCUCCUGUCCUCGGUACUGGUCCCUUCUAAGGGAUGCCUAGGGUUGGAAAUGUGCUGUUCUUGAGACAGAAGGAGGAUAGACGUUCUACAUCCUUUUGACGGCAUUCGGGGCUUCACAUAUGUGGGUACACGCCGCUCCCUUGACUUUUGGCCUGAUUCUGUGUGAGUAUACACACAGACAGGGCACACACCUACACCUGCUCUCAGUUACUCUCCAGGAAUGAGGAUUGGAGACUAAUUCUUGCCUUGGUUUUAAUGCCCUUACGUUUAUAUUUUACUUUUUGAAUCAUGUCAAGCCAAUUCAUUUGCUUUGGAUUUCAGUAUUUGAGAACUUUUGAGAAGUGAUUGACCAGGAACAGACAUGGCUCUCCAGCCCAGAGUAUCUGCAUGCUCUUAGGUCUUUAUGUAUAGAAUUGUGGGGUUUAUGUAUUUUAAACAGUCAUCUGGAUCAUUUUUUAAUGUUCCAUAAUAAAUGUGUCUCAUAUAAAAAA